ACAUCCACACACCCCAAUGCCUCCCCACUCCCCGUCACUUUCAGUUAGACAAAUCCCUCUCCUCCAACCAAGCAAUGGUCCGUCUCUCUCUCUCUCUCUCUGACUCUCUGCGCGCGUGAGAGUAUACGAGUACUCAAUUAGAUACUCCCCCUUCCUCUCUCCUACUCCUCACACAUUCCCACGCACACGUUUCCCCAUACACAAACACACAGAGCCCAGGCCAUAGAUGCUGUGCGUACCUACAACUCUAGUACAAUACAUACAGGGCCACACUCACCAAGCACAGGCACAGAGACGCCUUUGCAUCGCAUGGUCACUCGUGUCUCCCGACUCACCUCCCUCCCUCCCUCAGUCCCUCCCCUUGCAGCAGUAGCAGUGGUGCUGUGCUUGGUGUGCUGGGUGCCUGCUGCUACAGUGGGUGCGCGUACCCCUGGCGAGGCGAGCUGAAAAACCUUGGACAUGAGUUGAGAGGCCCUAUCGUUUCAUGUCCAUCUCCGAGUGAGUGAGAGGGCGAGCGAUAGACCGAUUGAUUGAUGUGUGAUGCCUCACUAGCUGACCCUUUGUGGCAAAUCUCAUCAGCGACAGAGACCGCUGGUGUGACAACUUGUGAAAACACUCUCCCUCUCGCCUCGCCCGCCUCCAUAUCUUUGGCCCUGUCUUCUUCUCCACCCUUGCUCGCUUCCUUCAUUCCUUCAGACGGAGAGGGAACAGAGAAAGAGAGGGCAAGAGAAGCAAGAGAGAGGCAGAGGCAGAGGGAAGAGGGAUGGAGCGGAGGAAGAAGGCAAUGUGGUUGUACCCCAAGGUGGUUGGCUUCAAUCCUCCGGAGAGAUGGGGGCACUCCGCUUGCUUCUUCGAAGGAGUUGUCUACGUCUUUGGGGGAUGCUGCGGCGGCCUGCACUUCAGCGACGUCUUGACACUGAACGUGGAGACCAUGGCGUGGAGCUCCCUCGCCACGACGGGGCAGCGCCCGGGGACGCGGGACAGCCACGGUGCGGCGCUGGUGGGCCACCGGAUGCUCGUGUUUGGGGGCACCAACGGCGGCAAGAAGGUGAACGACCUCCACGUGCUGGACCUGCGCACCGGGGAGUGGACCAAGCCGCAGUGCAAGGGCACCCCGCCGUCGCCGCGGGAGAGCCACACCGUGACCGUGGUCGGCGGUGACAGGCUCGUGGUGUUCGGCGGGAGUGGGGAGGGGGAGGGCAACUACCUCAGCGACGUUUACGUGCUGGACGUGCCCACCAUGACGUGGUCCUCGCCGGAGGUGAAGGGCGACUACUCGCCCGCGCCCAGGGACAGCCACUGCGCUGUCGCCAUCGGCGGCAGGCUGUUCAUCUACGGCGGGGACUGCGGCAACCGCUACCACGGCGAGGUGGACGUGCUCGACGUCGACACCAUGGCGUGGUCAAGGUUUGCAGUAAAAGGAGUUUCACCCGGUGUCCGAGCAGGUCAUGCAGCUGUGAGCGUUGGGUCUAAGGUCUAUAUUAUUGGAGGAGUUGGUGAUAAGCAAUACUACAGUGAUGUCUGGAUUCUUGAUGUCACCAAUCAUUUGUGGAGCCAGCUCGAGGUAUGCGGGCAGCAACCGCAGGGACGGUUUUCUCAUACUGCAGUAGUCAUGAAUACUGACAUUGCAAUCUAUGGAGGGUGUGGUGAAGAUGAACGCCCCCUGAAUGAGCUGCUCAUUCUGCAAUUGGGCUCUGAGCAUCCAAACGGCCGCUACAACAUCUCGAUGUGCAAGGUUCUUAGCAACCACUGGAGCCAGGAGAAGCGGAAAUUUCUGAGGUCAGAAAAUCAAAAAGAUUUAAGCGUGAGCAAUGGAGAAAUCGUUCAGAAACCUCGAGAAUCAGAGUUCGAGCAAAGAAAUCCGUUUCUGCGUGGUCUGGAGAAUGGCCAAGUGAAACGAAGAAAAACUGGUGAAGUACGCCCAAAUGAUCCUGAGUCGGAGCAAGAGGAGCAUUCAUUGUCUCUUUCCCAACAUUCUUCACCGUCGCAAUCCGAUCAAGAGCAGAAUGGAGCUCACAAACUUUCAGCCUCGCCCAACGCGUCGAUUUCAGCCCUGCAGCCGUUCGUUCGCCUCAACGCCAAUGGCACUCUGAGGGCUCCUGGACCUGGGAGCAUUUCGUCGAGAGCUCUGAAGGCUGAUCAGUUUCUCCGCACCAUUGCACCGCAACAUCGGCAGGAAGUGCAGUUCCUUUCCUCCGAUCAUAAGCCACAGCCUCGGCCUCCCGGUCCACCCCUUAUUGGCGCGGAGGUUCAUGGCACAAUCGAUGGAGCUUUCGACUCGGGAUACCUCAUGACUGCCAUGGUGAACGGGCAGCUCUUCAGAGGCGUACUGUUUGCUCCUGGACCCGGAGUGACGGCUCCGAGACCCGCGGCGCACCACCCGAUCCCGACCGUGCCUCCCCAGCAGCGCCCAUUGGUGGCUCACGCCAUCCCAGUCCACGCGCGCCCAGUGCCACAGGCAACGGGCUUCGUGCUGCCGGAUUGCGCCCACCACGCGCGGCAAGGGUUCCCCGUGAAGGCCGUCAAGUCUGAGCCGGAGAGGGGCAGCAGCGACCUGCAUGAUGUUGUGCUCACGCUGGGAGGGCCUGGAGGGGGCAAGUGAAGUGGGCCCCUUCCUCAACACUUGCGAUCCAAGCCCUGCUGUUUAUCUCUCGGCUUGCUUUGUAAAUUAGACAUUCUAGUUGAGAAAAAAUAAGACUAGUAGCUUCGUGUAAUCAUGCAGGGUGAUUUUACGGUUAUUUUACAUAUGAAUAUAGUGUUACCUUGAUGCAGUUAGUUUUGCUAUGAGCAGUUAGUUC